AAACUAUCAAAUUCUUGCCAUUUCCCUACUCGAGCUGAAGCUGACAACCUAAACAUGGUUAGAUUUCACAUGAGCCUGAGACUCUGGGAGUCAAAACAUGAGAAGAAACAAGAUCCCACGUAUCACAUGUGAGGCUGUGCAGGCAAAGCCAAGUCAGCUGGGCCAGCUCGGCAAUGUUCAGAGAGAAAUAUUAAGUAAUGUCUCCCUACAGGUGAUUGUUUCAUGUGCUCCAAACUGUGGACUCUAACCCUGAAAUUCUGGCAGCCUUAUCCAAAGAGUAGUUCCUCUUAAACUGUUACUCCUAACUCUGUAUGGAGAGACAUUACGUGCUACACAUACCUAAUUUUGGUAUCCCAUCCAAUUUAAUGCGUGUGGGCCCAACUGUUCCACUGAAGCACGCGUGCGUGCGUGUGUGUGUGGUGAAAGGUAAGGCAGCGUGCUACAUUGUUCCUGUGUGUGGAUGUGUCAUUUCGAGAGUAGUUUCUGAGCACAGCCCAGAGACCUGGUUUCAGAUGCCUGUCAGGCAUUCUCAGGCUCAUCAAUAAUGGACAGCUCUGACAGCGGCAGUCUUGCUUGCCUUUGUUUUCCACCGUAGAAGAAGGGAGACAUGGAUCUCUCUGUUUUGCCAAAUAACAACCAUCCUGACAAAUUCCUGCAGCUUGACGUGAGGUCUUUAAUGAGGAACUCAGCCCUUCUUCAGGCCAGUCUGGUGAAGUUUCCGGGAGGGAAUUACCCUGCUGCACAGCACUGGCAAAACCUCAUCUACUCACAGAGAGAGAAGAAGAAUAUUACUGCUCAACGAAUGAGGAGACCCAGUGUGGAGAGUGCUGUAAGCACAGAGAGCCCCCCACCAUCCCUGUCAUCAGUUCUGAAGAAUAACCCACUAUACGGUGAUGUGAGUUUGGAGGAUGCUGUGGAAGAAAGAAAAAAGAAACCUUCAUGGACCGUUGAGGAAUAUGACAAGCAUUCCCUGCACACAAACCUCUCUGGGCAUCUGAAGGAAAAUCCUAAUGACCUACGGUUUUGGUUGGGAGACAUGUACACACCCGGUUUUGAUACCUUACUGAAAAAGGAAGAAGAACAAGAGAAGCAUUCAAAAUAUUGUCGUAUAGGUCUGAUUUUGCUCCUCGUUGCCUGCGUCUUGGUUUCCAUAGUAACUGUUAGCACUUUUUUCACCUAAAGAAACUGCCACAGACACAGUGACAUUUCUUUAAAAUCUUUCUAAAUAAACAUUUGCAGAAAAACUUGU